GUGACGGGAUACGUCGCGAGCGGAGUAGCGAGUCGUAGAAAAGGGGACAUCGUCCACUGCUCGGGAGCGAGAGACGCAAAUCAGCUGGUAUGUCAAAUAAUCAGCUGGUUGACUCCUGUCUACGCGUCCUACAGGAGAAAGCCCCCGACAUGCCGCAAUACACCGGACAGGGCGACACGGAUUAUCAUGGGAGUAACGGACAGGCCGAUACCCACUCGUUGCACUCGUCUCAUCUGUCCGUCCAGGAGGAUCCGCUGCUUAUCCGGACCCACAAGCAACAGACUUCUCAGCAAGUGACAACUGUGACGAAAGUCGUGCGUGAGGUUUCCCACAUGGAGCCGGAUCCGGGCGCGGUCAGUUACAUGUCAGUGCCGUUAAUGUCGCAAGACUAUCAGCACGCGGACCCGCGUUACCCCGCGGACCCGUACAUGGUCAGCUUCGACCAUUACGACCCGUACCUGGGCUACCCGCCACAGCCAGGAUACCCGGGACCUCAUGGCAUCUACAUGCCACGCUCGCAUUCUCCCCACAGCCCUCACAGCCCGUCGGAACACAGUCGUGCUUCGCCGCCACACGAGUACAUGCGCAAGGGUGCACCCUACGUGGAGGGUAGCUAUAACGACAUCGACCCCGGCUUAAACCCCGCUUUGCAGGACCAUUAUCGCAUUACUCCAAGUCCAGGUGGUCCCGGGGAUCAGUAUGAUGAGAGUAAAGUGGCCUAUGGCUACGUAUCGCCGUCGCCGUACGGGCCUGUGGGGUACGUGCCUGCCGUGGGGGUCGGACCGGUGCCGAGCGACGUGCCCGGCUACGAAGAAGGCCACCCGGGAGUGCCUCUCACGUCGGCUGUGCCACCCGGUAUCUUCGAGGACGAGGUGCACCUUCAACGGCUGCAAUCGCGUCAUCCGGUGGUGCCCGGUAUGGCGAGCCCACUCGACGACGAGCAGAAGUCCAUGCGCUGGCGGGACCCGAAUCUCUCCGAGGUGAUCGGCUUCCUGAGCAACCCCAACAAUAUAAUCAAGGCGAACGCGGCCGCGUAUCUGCAGCACCUUUGCUAUAUGGAUGACCCAAAUAAGCAGAAGACGCGUAGCCUUGGUGGCAUACCGCCGCUGGUGCAGCUGCUGGACCACGACAAUCCAGACGUGUAUAGGAACGCGUGCGGCGCGCUGCGGAAUCUGUCGUAUGGACGACAGAAUGACGAGAACAAGCGCGCAAUCAAGAAUGCGGGUGGCGUGCCGUCCUUGAUCAACCUGCUGCGACGGACGUCCGAUGCGGAAGUCAAGGAGCUUGUCACGGGAGUGCUGUGGAACUUGUCUUCGUGCGAAGACCUGAAGAGGUCGAUCAUCGACGAUGGCGUGACGAUGGUGGUGAGCAAUAUAAUAAUACCUCACAGCGGCUGGGACCCGAGCUCGUCGAGCGGCGAGACUUGCUGGUCCACCGUGUUCAGAAACGCGUCCGGUGUGCUGAGAAACGUAUCGAGCGCGGGCGAAUACGCACGGAAGAACCUGCGCGAGUGCGAGGGCCUGGUGGAUGCGCUGCUUUACGUCGUGCGUUCCGCGAUUGAAAAGUCCAACAUCGGCAACAAGAUCGUCGAGAACUGCGUGUGCAUCCUGAGGAACCUGAGCUACCGUUGCCAGGAGGUGGAAGACCCUAAUUACGACAAGCACCCGAUCCAGUCCACGGUGCAGAACAGAGUCACCGCGCCCGCGAAAGGUGAGAAUCUGGGUUGCUUCGGCGGGAGCAAGAAGAAGAAGGAUGGCCAGCCGGUUCAAAAGGAGACCACCGCGUCACGUACGACGAGUCCGCGGACCGAACCAGUCAGAGGAAUGGAAUUGCUCUGGCAGCCGGAAGUGGUCCAAUCGUAUCUUAGUCUCCUGCAAACGUGUUCGAAUCCGGAAACAUUGGAGGCUGCUGCCGGGGCUUUGCAAAAUCUCGCGGCUUGCUACUGGCAGCCGAGCAUCGAGAUUCGCGCGGCCGUACGCAAGGAAAAAGGUCUCCCUAUAUUAGUGGAGCUCUUGAGAAUGGAGGUGGAUCGAGUAGUCUGCGCGGUCGCAACCGCGCUCAGGAACUUGGCGAUAGACCAACGCAAUAAGGAGCUAAUAGGCAAAUAUGCAAUGAGGGAUCUCAUCCAGAAGUUGCCGUCUGGAAAUAAUCAGCACGAUCAGGGCACAAGCGACGACACGAUCGCCGCGGUGCUCGCGACUCUAAACGAGGUCAUCAAGAAGAACGCCGAGUUCUCGCGAUCGUUGCUCGACGCCGGCGGUGUCGAUAGACUGAUGAACAUCACCAGGCAACGCCAGAAAUACACGCCGCGCGUUCUUAAAUUUGCAGGGCAAGUACUGUUCACUAUGUGGCAACAUCAAGAAUUGCGAGACGUGUACAAGAAGCACGGCUGGAAGGAGCAAGACUUUGUAACGAAAACCGUUGCCGCCAGGAAUUCAGGGCCUAAUUCACCCAACAACGCUAACAGCUACGAUUGCAGCACUCUGAAUCGACCGAUGGCAAGCCAGGGAAGCACAAGAUACGAGGAUCGAACGAUCCAGCGAGCGAACAUGAAUUCGAAUAAUGUCGGUCGACCUACUAUAUAUCAAUCACAGCCGAAACCCGGUGAGCCGCUCUACGCGCAAGUUAACUUGGAGAAGAAAAAGAAGCGGCAGUACGAGCUGGGGGUGGGCCAGGGUGGCCAGGUGGGUCAGGUCGGUGGCGGCGCCGUGAUACCCGGGGGCAUAGCUGGACCAGGCGGCGGCGGGGGUGGCCAGUGGGUGCCGGAUGGCGUCGGGAUGGUACCGGACGGUAUCGGCGCCACAUCGGUAGCGGCGACGGUGACGAACCAGGUGCCACCGCCGAGCUCGACCGCCGCCGCCGCCGGCGACUCCUGGGUAUAACGGGUCCUACAAGCGGGUCCUACGCGGGACCGCCGGGAGGACCUCGCCAGAAAUCACGGCCUCGUCGCGUCCCUCCACGGCCGCGUCGAGCGACCGCCGCCUCCGUCUCCGAACCUGUCCAUGUAGCGGAGGUGUAUAGGAGGGAUCCCCCCACUCCGGGAUGCGAAGUGACGCCUCCGUAAAAUCCCGGAGGAUUGAAGGUGUACGAAGGAUCGGAGGAAGAGCUUAAAACCUGGGACUCUGCUCGAUGUAAGGGACUGCAAGACGAACACCCGUUAAUUUAUUGGGCACACCCCUUCCGGAUUCGCGAAAAAUCAAGAUUGUCGAUUGGUCGUGGUCGAGUUGGCUGGACGUAGGCGAGUUGAGGGAAGCGUUUGUUGCAGGGUAUUAAAGCGGGGAUAUCGAGAAUAUAGCGAUUAUAUGAAAAACGAGAGAAGUACAGAGAUUUGGGGAACCUUGAUGGUCUCCCCCCCGAAAUAGAAGAACCCGAGUACGCGUUGUACUCGAAAUAUUGUCGAAAGAGUACGCGCGAAAGUAUUAUUAAAAAUUGGAGAAUUA